GCUUUCCAUACAUAUCACACUUACCCCGCCCUCCCUGGAGCAGGUCACCCUACUGACAAACGUACGCCAUUUUCCAUCGACCACCGAGAGGAACAAACCAGCGGAGAAGCGCGGAGAGUCGGAGCUAUCCAGUCAUGCAUCGUGACUGUCCUCUUGACUGCAAGGUCUAUGUUGGAAAUUUGGGCAACAAUGGAAACAAGACAGAGUUAGAGAGGUCAUUUGGCUACUAUGGUCCUCUCCGCAGUGUGUGGGUGGCCAGGAACCCUCCAGGCUUCGCCUUUGUAGAAUUUGAAGAUCCCAGAGAUGCAACUGAUGCAGUGCGUGAGCUUGACGGAAGAACAUUGUGUGGUUGCCGGGUGCGAGUAGAGCUGUCCAAUGGCGAGAAGCGCAGCCGCACCCGUGGCGCUCCCCCUCCAUGGAGCAGGCGUCCUCGAGACCGAGACGACUACAGGCGCCGUAGCCCGCCACCCAGGCGAAGAUCCCCACGUAGGAGGAGCUUCAGCCGCAGUCGAAGCAGGUCUUUCUCCAGAGACAGGAGGAGGGAGAGGUCCCUAUCCCGGGACAGGAACCACAAACCUUCCAGGUCCUUCUCACGAUCAAGGAGCCGCUCCAGGUCGAACGACAGAAAGUAGAAGCACGUCUGUCAAGUGUAAAGGGAGCUGAAGAUAAACGGUUGUACAGGCUUGUCGGUUUCAAAUGGAAAUCAAUGUGGCCGUGUGGCCAUACUUGAGUUUUUUUAAACAAUCAAGCAUUUUAGUGUCCCUCCCCUUGUUAUGGUAAUUUUCACAUACAUUGAGUGGGUGAGUACAGGUGUGAUGCCUCAACUAAGUCCACCUGGUCGGCCUGAAACAGUCGUGCCACCCAGCAUUCCAGUUCACCAGUUAGUUUUGUUUUUUGUCAAUGAAUGUAAUGUGUAGUUUGACAUAGUGAGUAGUUUUUCUUUUUCAACGCCAGCAUUUUUUUUGUAAGGAUUGGGAUGAUUAUAAGAGAGUCCCUCCUUUUGAUUGUCUGUAAAGCCAACCUAUUUACAGCGUGCUACUUUCUUACUUCACACUGAAGGUUUCCAUCUGUUAAUGGUUGUUUGUAGUGAACGCUCCCCCACAUUUUUCAAAAUGCAAAACUAUGGCAUUGAUUUAAGAAAAAAAUGUGUAAUGAAAAAAACAGAUUUUUGGAUUUGAAGUUUUCCAUUAUUUUUUGUUUUUGUUUGAUACAAUGUGAAAUGGUCUCUGAAUUAAAGAUACCAGUUGAUUA